AUAAUAUUGUCAAACCCCACUUUCUCUCUCCCGUCUCUCACAUUCUCUCGAAACCCUAGAACCGUUUUGUUCUCUUUUUCUCCUCUUUUAGAUUCUCUCAAUCUCUAUGAAAUUUUUCGAAAUCUUCGAAUCUAGCUUCUCUGUAAUCUUGAUUUACAGCUGGAUUUGAUGAUUCCUUUCAUGUCUAAAUCCUAGUUUUUUUUUUUGAAUUUUUUUGAUUUUUUUUUGUUGGGCUGAAAAAUUGAACCCAUGGAGGGCUCUGUGUCUGUUGCUGAUGAUCUCGGAGCCCCACCGGAGUCAUGGGAGGUGGCUGACUUGGAUGCUAGUAUGAGACGGCUUAUACUUUCUUCUUCGAAGAAGGACCAGUCUGAUUCUUUAUCUUCUUCUGUGAAUAAUAAUCAAUCUGAGCUGCCUGAUUCCUUGGCUUUGGCUGGUGCUGGUUCAGCUGCUGUUUCAGGUAGUGUGUCGGAGGAUGUUGUUAGCACCGUGGAUCAGUUUCUCCGCGAGGCUUUACAAAACCCUCGAGAGCGUCUUUCCGUUCUGAGGAUGGAGCAAGAUGUUGAAAAGUUCAUCAGGGAUCCUGGUCGACAACAGAUGGAAUUCCAACAGCUGCCUACCUCCUAUUUGCGACUGGCUGCUCACCGUGUGGCACAGCACUAUUCACUACAAUCAAUGGUUCUGUUGGACAAUAGUUUACCAGAUGGCUCGGGUUCCAGAAUUAUUGUGCGCAAGACUUCUGAAUGUCGGAUGCCUUUGAUUCGCUUGGCUGACAUUCCGGUGAAUUUGCCUCAAGGAGAUACUGGUGUGGUUAAGGUUGCGAUAAAGCAGAGGCCACAGAAAGGUUCACAAGCAAGUGGUUUGAAUUCAAAUUCAUCAAAGGGAAAUUCUGCUAAAAGUGUUGAGGAAAGGAAGGAGGAAUACAAUAGGGCUCGAGCACGUAUAUUUAACUCUAAUAGUUUAAGUGGGAGCUCCAAUGUAAAACCUGAAACUGAAUCAAGGUCACAAGAUACUUACCAGUAUGGUCCUAUAGGCAUACCACAGUUGGAAGAAAAAACCAGUUCAGCUGGCGGCUCUGAUUUGAAUUCUGGGCGGGGUCUGAUUGAUUCUUCAACAAGUAGCAGUAGGUCGGCUAGAAGUAGGACAGAAAAGGAGCCAGUUGGUAGGUCUAAAUCUUAUAAUAAAGUUGCUAUCUUUCGUGAUCGGGAAAUUGACCGGAAGGACCCUGAUUAUGACAGGAAUUAUGACAGGUACAUGCAAAGGUUUGAUCCUGGGUUUGGAUUCGCUGGUGGCCCAUAUACAAUUCAACCCAUGUAUGCUCCUGCAAUUAACUAUAAUACUGAGUUUCCCCAGCUUGGAUCUGCUCUUCGGUCUCCCAUUUCCGCUGAAAACCAACCUCGUCCACUUCCUCAACAUUUACCUGGGCCUUGGGCAACAACAACGACUCCAGGUAUUGGUUAUGGUCCAGCAGAGAGCAUGAUGCCUCCCCCUUUUAGUCACAAUCAUGUUAGUGCACGCUCAAACUCAGCUAUAUAUUUACAUUCAACCCAGUAUCCUUGUCAGCGUCCUGGAAUGACUUUUAUCCAUCCUCACGAGCAGGUUCACCAACCCUUCUCACAGUCUCAUCCGCUGCAACCUGAUGGUUUUGGAUUAGCCCGGCCCCGGUGAGGGGCACGGGCCAUGCCUGCAUCCUGCCACAUACAUUCAGCAUCUUGAGGGGGAUGCUGAGCGGCAAAAUGUUGCAAUUGGUAGGGUGCAGGCAUGAACAACUGAGACCUGGUGGAGUGGAUUGUUCAGCUUGCAGUAUUUUCCGCAUCCAUCCACCAGUCUCAGUUUCACAGAGCCUCCUGCAUUGCUCUGAGGAUGCUCAUAUGCCUUGGCAGUUCCAUUGCAUGGAUGAGCACUCAAGGCUAUGAUGAUUAUGACGGUGAUGAUGACGACAAAUUAAAUCAGCAAGAGUUCAGAGCCGGCAAUCUAAGAAAUUUGAUCUGUUUUAGCCUCAUCAAAGCUCCAAGCAGAAAUGGAACUCAGUUAGAGAUUUCGAGUAAAUGUGUUGACAGGACAUGCAGCCUUUGGUAGUUUUGGUGCCAGACUGACAGUGAUAACAGAGAGCUCUGUUCUCCUAUGGCAAAGCAAUCUCCAGGAGAGACUCUGCACAUUAUGUAUUUAAACGAAAAGUGUUUCCCCUUUUCUUUUUGUUCAGACAAUAUUCAACUGCUUUGGUCUUUCGCCGA